GAGAGCAGAAGCCCAGGCCAGGGUUUUCUCCGUGGCGGUGGGAGUGCAGGUGCGCACUCUUUGCGGGGCGCAAUCCAUGCAGGAGCUUGGGGCCAAAGCCAGGGAACUAACGGUGCUGGCCAAGGAAAUCGUAACUGCAUAGGAGGCUGGACUCCUUGCUGCCUCAGUUUCCACAGCACUACCUCUGGUGGGGGUCGGGAGACGAGGCAAUUGGCCAAAUAUGUGCCUGAACAGAGUCCGGCUGUCUUUAGACUGUCCCCGCACCUCCCAACGUCCAAUGGAGAAUCUUUACUGCAAGCUACCUCCGAGUUCUUUAAAAUCCAGUCCUCCCGUUCGAGCCUCUCGGCGUUCUAUUGGAAAGACUAUGCUCUUGGUCCCUCUAGAAUGAACUGCUCAGACUGCCGCGGGAGGUGUCCUGGGGCUGUAACUGCGCAGGCUCAAGGGCAGCCAACCCGGAAGGCGGAAGAGCUGGGUCCGGACAGUUGGUGUCGGGGGCGGGGACUAUGUUAACCAAUGACCUGAAGGAGUAGGGAGGGCGGGAUUAGGCCCGCAGUCGCUUAACGCUACACUAGUGGGAGGUGAUUUAAGAAAUGGGGUGAAGGGUGGUUCAAUGGUCUUUCACGUCGCCAUCCUCUGGCCCGCGGAAGUUAAGCAACAGAGAGGCGGGCCUAGGGCCGGAAGCAGGAAGGAGGGCGCAGGAAGCAGGGCGCCGUAGUCAGUCGCACUGUCGGUCUGUGAGUCUGUCGGUCCCGAGGGCAGGAUGGAGAAGCUGCGACUUCUGGGCCUCCGCUACCAGGAGUAUGUGACUCGUCACCCGGCCGCCACGGCCCAGCUGGAGACGGCAGUGCGGGGCCUCAGUUACCUGCUGGCAGGUCGUUUCGCCGAUUCGCACGAGCUGUCAGAGCUGGUGUACUCUGCCUCUAACCUGCUCGUGCUGCUCAAUGACGGGAUCCUACGGAAGGAGCUUCGGAAGAAGUUGCCUGUGUCGCUGUCCCAGCAGAAGCUGCUGACAUGGCUGAGUGUGCUGGAGUGCGUGGAGGUGUUCAUGGAGAUGGGGGCCGCCAAAGUGUGGGGCGAAGUGGGACGUUGGCUCGUCAUCGCCCUCAUCCAGCUGGCCAAGGCUGUACUGCGGAUGUUCCUGCUGAUCUGGUUCAAGGCUGGCCUCCAGACCUCACCCCCCAUCGUUCCUCUGAACAGGGAGACUCAGGCACAGCCCCAUGAUGGUGACCACAGCCCGGGCAGCCAGGAGCAGUCAUAUGUGGGGAAGCGGUCAAACCGAGUGGUGCGAACCCUCCAGAACACUCCAUCCCUGCACUCAAGGCACUGGGGAGCCCCCCAGCAGCAUGAGAGAUGGCAGCAGCAGCAGCACGAGGAGCUGAGCAUCACCCCUACCCCGCUGGGGCUGCAGGAGACCAUCGCAGAGUCCUUGUAUAUUGCCCGGCCCCUGCUGCACUUGCUCAGUCUAGGCCUAUGGGGUCAGCGGUCAUGGACUCCCUGGCUCCUGUCUGGUGUCGUGGAUGUGACCAGCCUGAGCCUCCUGAGCGACAGAAAGGGCCUGACCCGGAGGGAGCGGCUGGAGCUGCGGCGACGGACCAUCCUGCUACUCUACUACCUGCUGCGCUCCCCGUUCUAUGACCGCUUCUCCGAGGCCAAGAUCCUCUUUCUGCUUCAGCUGCUGGCAGACCAUGUCCCAGGCAUUGGCCUGGUCACAAGGCCACUCAUGGAUUACUUGCCAACCUGGCAGAAAAUUUACUUCUACAGUUGGGGCUGACAGACACUCCACGAGUAGGGUGUGGGGAGGGGCAGGGUGGCAGGCUCUGCUGCUGUGGGCAGGGGGUGCUUCAGCCUUUCAGACCCCUGGGCCCCUCUGCCCUAAUAAAACUGACUGGCAGUGUCAAA